AUGGAUUUGCGCGAGGUAGCAUGUGGCAGCCACAAGAGCAUCCUGCUGGUUGACAGCCCUGGAAUCAAUCAAUGCCGACGAGGUUGCAUCCAGUUGAUUCAUUCAGUUUUUAAAGACAAUUUGCUCAAUGUCUUUCUUGCAUUCUGGCAGACUGUGCAUCUCAGGCAGAAGGAGCACGUGCUUGACGAGGUCAAGCGUGCCGACUAUGUCAUGUUCCUCAUGAAGGCAACUUCACUAGGAACAGAGUCCGAAGAAAAAUUGGGGAAGCACUUGCAAAACUACUCAACUCCAUGCAUGUUUGUGUUGUCCCAUUUGGGAUCAAGUGGAUGUCGAACAGCAGGAGCAAGUGAUCGCUCAUGCGCAGGCAUUUGCUGCGAAGGCAUUUCCGGGCAAGGAGACAAAGCUGUUUUGCAUUGA